CUCAGAUAAGCCCCAAUACUGACGUAUGUUCAAUCUGCUGAAGAGACCUAUCGGUUCAUGGAGACAAAAGCCCUACUAGUGCCUGGCUUUCUGAUCACUCAUUUAUUAUCGUUCUUUUCAGUUACAAAAUGUCAAAACGACGUGGUGCUACGAGCCCACCCCUCUAUCCUUCCCCAAAGCGUUUUCGCACCAGUCGAAGCGAUCAUGCUGACCAGAUAUCCACCCUGAGUGACGAACUUCUGCUCCAGAUACUGUCUUUUCUUCCCAUGCCCUCUUUGCUCAUCUGUCAACGGGUAUCGCGGCGAUUCCAUGACUUGGCUGGAGACUCAGAGCUUUGGAAAAAGCAGUAUUACUCUCGAUGGGUGCGACCUCGCGCACGUCGGCUGGCUAAUGCCAGGCGUGACCCUCCCCCCCAAUCUGAGGUCAAGUACUCACCUAAAGUAUCGAGCUGGCUCGGUCAUGGUCACUUGGCAAAGAAAGGAAUGGGCACAAAUUGGAAGAGGCAGUAUCGUCUGAGACAUAACUGGGCAAAGGGAGCCUGUCGAGUAACAGAGAUCGAGUUCCCGCAACCGCCGUGUCGACAGAUGCUAGUAACGUUUUGCGCCGGCAUUCUGUUUACAGUGGAUUUGGAUAAUGGGCUUAGAGUCUGGUCCGCAGAGAAACCAGAGAAUUGCCUCGCAAUGAUUUCUCUGGCACACCCACGGUCGUCAAUACUUCCUGCUCCCACAGCUAUGACGGCAACGAGCGAUUCACAGCGAAGCCUGGUCGAUGUUGCAGUUGGUUUCGAGGAUGGCCGCUUCGACGUCUAUAGUUUGGACACCGUAACUUUGCGGCUUGACAUGCGCUUUUCUUGUCUUGAACGAGCCAGCGGGGCUAUCACCGCAAUGGCCUCAUAUUCCCCUUACAUCCUCCUAGUUUCUCAGCAAAAGGUUCUGUAUUUGUAUAAAAUCACUACGGAUACCAAUGACACUGCUGGGCUACUGACCAGCGACAGCACGCUCCUGCUCACAUCACUUAAGGCAGACAACAUCUUAGAGCCAAUUUCACUGUCGAUCCGUACUGCGGGCUCGGAGAUAAUGGCGUCUAUAGUGUACAGUUUUUACCAUAUCGGAUGCGGCUGGUCGCUGGGAAUCCAAGCACUACAUUUCGACCUGGUCGGUCAACAGAUAGGUUCGCGGGUCACCACCACAGUGGACUGCCACUAUGGCGUGGACCUAGGUUCUCCCAACCGCUCGAGUGGAAAGUGCGGCACCGCCUCUUGGGCCACGGAUGCUAGUACUGAACCAUACACAAGGCCAGCUGACCCUUCAAUACUACACCACAACCCUCCGACUUCGGUUUCCUACUCUCACCCUUACCUUUUGACUUCGCACGCGGAUAAUACAUUGACCAUAUACCUUGUGGUUUCCACGUCUACAAGCCUCUUCGUGAAAGGCUGCCGGCGACUUUGGGGUCACACAUCAGCAGUCUCGGCGGUUCAGGUUAACGAUCGUGGGAAGGCAAUUUCUGUUAGCUCUCGGGGAGAUGAGAUUAGAAUAUGGGAGCUCGAGUCAUUGGCUUCUUCACUCAGGGGGCAAAAGGCUGUUCAGGAUGGAAAUGGCAUCCGAAUCAGUCCCGAGGUUAGGAGAAGCGGGCGACAGGAUACCAUUAAGUUAGCGUUAUCUUUUCAAGACAUCAGUCCAGCCCGGUCGAGAUUUUUCGAGGUCCCCCACGCAUUAGGCACAAUGCGUGGAUGCAUCGGUUUUGACGACGAGCGUGUUCUUCUGCGUCGAGAGAAGGAGGCUGGGACACAGAUGCUGGAAUGUUAUGAUUUCACAUGAGACAGAACCUUUGUCUCACUAGAAGUAACACAUAGAUAGUAGACACACGACUCAUCCAGCGAAGAGACUUUGAACACUGACGGUUACUGUGGACCCAAGACGGCUUGUAUACAGUCGUUACAAUUACGAAGAGAAUUCUAGAUGCAACCAAGAAGUUUGGCCCUGCGGAU